UUAGUGAGAGUGACAUUAAAAUUAAAUCUCAAUUAAUUUGUUGGAAGUCCAGCGUUGUGUGAUUUGCAAAUUUGUUUUAGUCAACGGUGAAUGAAUAAGUAAUUUUCUUGAAGAAUUAAGCUACAUAACCAAUAAAAUGUCAGAAGGAAAUUGGUGUCUAAUUGAAAGUGAUCCAGGUGUCUUCACCGAAUUAAUACAUGAGUUUGGGUGUGAAGGUGUACAAGUAGAGGAAAUAUGGAGUUUAGAUAGUGAAUCUUUUAAAAACUUGGAACCCAUACAUGGUUUAAUAUUUCUUUUUAAAUGGGUCGAGGAUAACGAGCCCGCAGGCAGUGUAGUACAAGACAAUCGUUUGGAAAAGAUUUUUUUCGCUAAACAAGUAAUUAACAAUGCCUGCGCAACUCAAGCUAUACUAAGUGUGUUAUUAAAUUGUGAACAUAAUGAUAUCAAACAUGGCAACAUCCUUAAUAAUUUUAAAGAGUUCUGUCAAUCGUUUGAUCCGUACACCAAAGGUUUAACAUUGAGCAAUUCGUCUGAGAUACGUACUGUACACAAUUCGUUUGCAAGACAAACCCUAUUUGAAUUAGACUCUAAAAACCAAAACAAAGAUGAAGAUGUUUACCACUUUAUUGGUUACGUGCCAAUUGAUGGAAGACUUUAUGAGCUAGAUGGUCUGAAAGAAGGGCCAGUAGAUCUUGGUGCUAUUGCGACGGGACAAAAUUGGAUUGACGUGGUUCGUCCAAUAAUUGAAAAACGCAUGCAGAAGUACCAAGAAGGCGAAAUUCAUUUUAAUUUAAUGGCCAUCAUUUCAGACCGUCAACAAAUAUAUACUCAACAAAUAGACAACCUUGUAAAUCAAACCGAAGAUGCAAUGGAUGUAGAUGAUGAUAGAGAAACUGAAAUUGCACGUCUACGUUCGCUAUUUGAAUAUGAAGUUGAAAAACGAAAACGUUAUAAAGUUGAAAACAUACGCCGAAAGCAUAACUAUUUACCAUUUAUAGUAGAAUUGCUAAAAAUGUUGGGCGAGCAAGGACAACUAAUGCCAAUUUAUGAAAAGGCUAAACAACGUGCUAUGGAACGUGAAACAGCUUCAACUAAAAAUAAUUCCUAAAAAUAAAAAAUUUAUUUGUUUUAAAAAUUUACAAUUAUAACUUAAUACAAAUUUCACAAUUCUA